GCCACAUACGGUCACACAAACUUCUCCGUUUGAACUGCACGUGUUUACCAUUUCGUUUGCUGGGCUAACUUUAAACAUUAUCCCACAAUGGCAGAGGAAGGACCACCUGAGGCUACCAUCGACUUUGUCCCAGCAUUAUGCUUCGUCCCACGGGGCGUGGCCAAGGCUACUCCCGAUAAGAUCGUGCUGACAGAAGCUGAGCUAGCUAGGAUUAUCGGUGAUACACAGCAGGAAUUAAACGAGGAGAGUGACGAUGAUGCGGAGGAUAACGAGGAGGCCGCAGAAAAUAAUGACGACAUGGAUGUGGACGACCAUGAAGAUGCCAAUAGUGAAAACCGUAAUCCUCAGGAUGAGUUUGAAUUCCAGAAUUACGAUAACGAGGAAAACGCCAAUGUCACCAGUUUGGCGAACAUCGUAGAUGCUGGCGAGCAGAUACCUGAUGAGGAGGAAGGACUCGAGGCGGAAGAUGAGGUGAUCAAGCCCAGUGACAACCUAAUUCUGGUAGGUCACGUCCAGGACGACGCCGCCUCCAUGGAGGUGUGGGUUUUCAACCAGGAGGAAGAGGCCCUUUACACCCAUCACGACUUUCUGCUUCCCAGCUUUCCGCUCUGCAUUGAGUGGUUGAACCACGACGCGGGCAGUGACAAACCGGGAAAUAUGUGUGCCAUUGGCUGCAUGGACCCAAUCAUUACUAUUUGGGAUCUGGACAUCCAGGACUCCAUUGAGCCCACUUUCAAGCUAGGCUCCAAAGGCAGCCGCAAGCAGAACAAAGAACAGUAUGGACACAAGGAUGCCGUUUUGGAUCUCUCGUGGAACACAAACUUCGAGCACAUUCUGGCUAGCGGUUCCGUAGACCAAACUGUGAUUUUGUGGGAUAUGGAUGAGGGUCAACCGCAUACCACCAUUACAGCCUUUGGCGAGAAGGUACAGUCAGUAGAAUUCCACUCCGAGGAUGCGCAGAGCAUCCUAACCGGUUGUGCCGAUGGAUUUGUUCGACUCUUUGACUGCCGCGACGCUGAUGCAGUGAACUCGUCCAGCAUUGAGUGGAAAGUUGACGGUGAAGUGGAGAAGGUCCUGUGGCAUCCAACCCAGAAAGACUACUUUAUCGUGGGCACAAACGAUGGCAGUCUUCAUUACGCGGACAAGCGAUCUCCAGGCCAGUUGCUAUGGUCCGUUAAGGCCCACAAUGAAGAAAUCUCUGGGGUGUGCUUCAACAGCCAGAUGCCCAACCUGCUGACCUCCACCUCAACGGAGGGCACCCUUAAAGUGUGGAACUUCAACGGUACGGAGGCUAAACACGUCUACGAGCACGAGUUUAACAUGGGUCGCCUGCAGUGCAUGCGGCAGUGUCCCGAGGAUCCCUACACCCUUGCCUUUGGCGGAGAGAAGCCUCCACGAUGUGCGAUCUUCAACAUUAAGAACUCGAUAGCCGUACGCCGGUCGUUUGGCAUCGCCGAUGCGGAGUAGUGAAUGCAUUCGUCUGCGUAUUCAUCUUUGUAUAUGCUUUCUAUGACUUUUUAAAUAAAUGUGAAUUAUAUAUAAGGACCUUAA